CAGCUGGUCCGUGUAAACAAAUAUCAAAAGAUCAUCUCAGUCCUUGAAUUUUAGAAAAUAGACACCAAUAAAAGGUAAACUCCAGACAAACGAAGAAGAUAAAAGCACGGAACGCCAAAACUACAAAUCGCCAAGACCCUCGCGGCGCAGAUAAAACAGAAUCCACGAGGCGAUAAGACCAGACAGAGAUCUCCCAAGGGAAAAAGGAAGAAAAUGUCCCGUCAGCUUGUAGCCUGCAUGUUGAACGUCUCCGAAGCGAGGAGGCGAGAUGUCGUGGAGAAAAUCGCCAAGGAAGCUCUGGCAGCUGUGAAUCCGCCAAAGGUUAAGCCAAUAGCCUCCGACUGGGCUAUCAAUGCCACGGCUCUCAAUAUAUUUCAGGAUAUUGACUACAACAGAUCGGUUAUUACCUUAGUAUCCAGUGAAGAUUGCAUAGGCCCUUGCGUAGAAGCUGCGUGUGAAAAAGCCUACGAGCUAAUAGACCUUAGUCACCACGAGGGUGUCCAUCCGAGGCUGGGUGCUGUGGACCUCGUGCCCCUCCACCCCAUUUCAGAGGACGUUUCUCUCCCGAACCUCGGCCAAGUUGCGCGUGGUAAGUACACAGACUUUAGAUGUUUGGGGAUGGUUUGUUUGGUUUAUGUUAUUGUUGCUAUUAAUAUUAUUAUUGGAAACUGGAAACAAAUGAUUGUAGAUGGUAAAAGUGGAUAUUUUAUUUGUAAUUUUUAUAGAUUAGCUUCACAAACACAACUUCAAGAAGCAAAGCCUGGUGUAGGAAGUAGACAGUUCUCUGCGGGUUUCAAUAACAGCACUAAAAUGCUAAUAAUAACUCAGAAUUUCCGACUAUAGCUGAGAUUCUUACUUUGUGUCACAUUGUACUAUCUGAAGCAUGAAAUACUGUAGCGUAGUAUUUGGCAAAAGGGGUUAUUCAUUCAUCACAAGAUCCAAUGCUCUCACAGUUUCCAUCUCUCUAAGAAUAAACAACCUCAUUUUGAUUGUAAAAUACUGCUAAUAAACAAACCUCAAUAUCCAAAGUUUUUUGAAGAACCGGAGCUUCAGGAUGUAACUAGAGGAUUGGGUUCCACUAUGUGCAAUUUGGACACAGUGUUAAAGAGUAUUAGUAAUAUUGAAGAUGAAUGGUGAUUUGUAAUGCUGGAGAUCAAUAUGAUCAAUAGCUGCAAUCAUUAAUAAUCAGGAACAGUCGUGAAUGUUGAAGAUUUUGCUCACUUCAUUAGGUACUCAAAAACAUCACCAAAGACCUCACAGCUACACCAAUCAAAGACAGGUAAGAUUCACUCACCUUGAACCAGGAAUUGGUCUGUAAAAUUGUACAAUAGGCGUAUUUAAGCUUGUUUCCCUUCAUCUUUUGGGGAUUUUGCAGGUUACAGCUUGGGCUUAGGAAAUUGCCAUAUUAUAAAAUAUUUGAAACUGUGAAGGUUAAAGCUUGGUGUGUAUAUAAGACAAAUAUUCAUUUUUUAAGUUUACCUAUAAAUUGGAUAUGACAAAGAAAGAAGGGUCAUAGCAUUGCAUAUUUUGCUUUAUUGCAUCAUACUUCAAUGUUUUUUUUAAUUUUGUGAAUAGGUCAUGCAUGUCUGAUGUUUUAUUUUACACACUGGUUGCUGGUCACAUGAUACUACAUUAUUACCAUGCAGUUAAACUAUGGUGCUUGGUCUGCAUAGCUGAUAUCAAGUUACAUAUUGUCAGAAUGUUUUCAGUCUGACUGUCCAAUGCAUGUGUUAGCUCUUCCAAUUAUUUUUUUGUUUGAAACCAGUCUGCGUGGAUCAAAAUCUGUGAUGUUGCGGCCAGUUUAGGAAAGCGUAUUUCUUAACAGGGAUUGGUUGGGAGUAAAAAGUCUAUGCGACAAUGCCUUUAAGUUCCCAGCCAUGAUAUAUGUCUGUUUAGUUUUAAGUAAUCACUUAGAAAAAGAAGCUUUCUCUUUACCCGCUU